GAGAUAGCAGGGGAGGAAUGGAGCUUAAAGAAACUAUUUCUGCAACCUUUUAACACUGAGCGGACUGUAACUGGGAUGAGUGACUUGGUGAGCUUGUGAUUUACUUUUAGCUGAGGGUAAGAUGGUCAUGUAAUAAAAUAAUAAAAAAAGACAGAAAAAGCCAAAAGAGAAACGUCACUACCACUGUCAGUCGGCUUCAUAUCAAAGUGCUUAAUGGCUGUUACCCAGGCUGUGCUCCCUUCCAUCAGCUCCUUCUCUAACCUCGCUAACACCAGUGACAUGAAAGUGUGGAUGUCUGAGGGUGUCUCUCUUCCUCUGGACUCUCUGGACAACAGACUGUCCUCAAGCAGCUCUGAGCAGCUGCAGGUCUCUCAACAAAUGACAGAGGAGCUCCUGGACGAUGACAGCCAGGCUUCCUGGGACAUUGAGUUCCUGCUGGCUGACUGGAGCAGCACAUCACCUGAAGUCAACCCUUCUCUGGACAACAACAGUCAACGGCUCCCACAGCUCGACCCAAACAGAGCGUAUCAAGGGGCAGGCAUGUUCAAGGACCAACACGGACAGGAGCGUCUGCAGGUGGAGAGUGGUAGCCUCAUGGCUGAGCUUCUGUCCCCCACUGGAACAACAGUGUCUGUCCAGCCAGAGUUGUACCACCAUGGUUAUAAUGACGACCAAACAGGUCGGACUUCAAUUCCCGGUCUGCAUAAUGUAGAUCAGUUUGGCUUCCCUCUGGGGAGCAGUGUGGAAAGGCACAACAGAGGAAAUAUCAGUAAAGUCGCAACAUGGGAAUUCAGCGCUUACUACCCCCAACAACAGCCUUCCCUGCUGACCUUCCCUGACAGCAGGUUCAUCCCACCUCAAGCUGUGACCUCUGACCCUCGACACUACAGCUACAUGCCCCACUUUAACCACAACGCCAACCUUUUCUGCGACUACACCCACAACCAGGCUGCUGGUCACUUGCCCCUUCAUCAGCAGCCCAUGCUGGUCAGACCCCAGCUGCCUCCUGGUGGGGUGGAGGGGAAGCGUGGUCGAAGGGCCGCAGGCAAGAAGAGGCCUGCCAUCCACAGCUGUGAAUACCCAGGCUGCAGCAAGACCUACACUAAGAGCUCACACCUCAAGGCUCACCUUCGCACCCACACAGGGGAGAAGCCUUACCACUGUUCAUGGGAGGGCUGCAACUGGAAAUUUGCCCGCUCAGAUGAGCUCACGCGCCACUACCGUAAGCACACAGGGCAAAAACCCUAUGAGUGUGUGCUGUGUCAGAGGGCCUUCUCCCGCUCCGACCACCUGGCUCUGCACAUGAAGAGACACACCUGAUGGUCACGCACACACAUACACGCACACAAAAAUACCAGUGCCAUUAAACUAGCAUUAAAGCACUCUUCAAAGCAUUUUUUAAAACUCUAAUUCUCACCCAGUUAUGCAUGAGUUUGAGACUCAGUGACCUCCAACAUCAACAUAACAUCCUCGCAGUGUUAACCUUUAAUGUGUACUUGAUUAUCUAGUUGGUUAACUAUACAGGCCAGUCAUUGUGCACUGUUAAAACUCAAUUUCAAUUUAUGUAUUUUCCUCAUUUGCUUGUCUGUUAAGUUCGAAAGACAAAUGACUAAACAACUAAAAGAAAUGACGGAUAUCCACAGUUAUUGACUGACCAUCAAAUAUUGACUUAUUAACCAAUUAUAUUUAAUGUGACAAACUUUUAAUUAGGUUGAGGUUGGAUUGCAAGAACCCUAAUUGAUUAAACAUCAUGAAGACACAACCUUGGUUAUUUUCAGUCAAGUGCUGGGACUUGACUAUAUGUUGAACUGAGUUAGUCUCUCUCUCUUUCUCUAACCCUAACACACAUAAAGACAUACACACAUUUUCCCGCUGAGGACCUUCAGUAGAGUACAAUAAACUUUAACACUAACAAAAGACCUACUGACAGAUGUGUGUAACAGGUUAUAAUAAUAUAUCCUGUAGUAACUCAGGGCUCAUUUGACAAAGUCAUGACAGCUUAGUUUUAUUACCGCUGAGAUGGUAUCUUUGUCUCUCUCUCUCUCUUUCUCUUAAUGAUUGUAGCUUUAAGUAUGUGCUUAUACAGUGAAUUUUUGUCAACUUUUUUGUGUCUGUGUGGGGAAUUUUAAUUUAAGAAAAAUAUGUAUGCUUUUUGUCUCAUAGUUGUAAAUAAGCUACAUUUUUCUCAGUUGUUUGUCAUCAUUGCAAAGUGAGCAACAUAUUUAUUAAGAUGAUCUUUUAUGUCAACAGAAGAUACUAUAUAAUUAACAAUGAUUUUUUAUAUUCUGACAACAGUGUUUUAAAGUGAUUUAGUUAUGUUUUCUUUGUCAUAUUCCA